AUGGGGACCAAGACAAACGUGUGUUCAGGCUCCCUGUCCUACCCCUGCGUGCUGACCCUGGCGUCUGUGUUUGUAUGUGGUGUGUUUUUAGGCGUGCUGACCCUGGCGUCUGUGUUUGUAUGUGGUGUGUUUUUAGGCGUGCUGACCCUGGCGUCUGUGUUUGUAUGUGGUGUGUUUUUAGGCGUGCUGACCCUGGCGUCUGUGUUUGUAUGUGGUGUGUUUUUAGGCGUGCUGACCCUGGCGUCUGUGUUUGUAUGUGGUGUGUUUUUAGGCGUGCUGACCCUGGCGUCUGUGUUUGUAUGUGGUGUGUUUUUAGGCGUGCUGACCCUGGCGUCUGUGUUUGUAUGUGGUGUGUUUUUAGGCGUGCUGACCCUGGCGUCUGUGUUUGUAUGUGGUGUGUUUUUAGGCGUGCUGACCCUGGCGUCUGUGUUUGUAUGUGGCGUGCUGACCCUGGCGUCUGUGUUUGUAUGUGGUGUGUUUUUAGGCGUGCUGACCCUGGCGUCUGUGUUUGUAUGUGAUGUGUUUUUAGGCGUGCUGACCCUGGCGUCUGUGUUUGUAUGUGAUGUGUUUUUAGGCGUGCUGACCCUGGCGUCUGUGUUUGUAUGUGGCGUGCUGACCCUGGCGUCUGUGUUUGUAUGUGGUGUGUUUUUAGGCGUGCUGACCCUGGCGUCUGUGUUUGUAUGUGGCGUGCUGACCCUGGCGUCUGUGUUUGUAUGUGGUGUGUUUUUAGGCGUGCUGACCCUGGCGUCUGUGUUUGUAUGUGGUGUGUUUUUAGGCGUGCUGACCCUGGCGUCUGUGUUUGUAUGUGGUGUGUUUUUAGGCGUGCUGACCCUGACGUCUGUGUUUGUAUGUGGUGUGUUUUUAGGCGUGCUGACCCUGGCGUCUGUGUUUGUAUGUGGUGUGUUUUUAGGCGUGCUGACCCUGACGUCUGUGUUUGUAUGUGGCGUGCUGACCCUGACGUCUGUGUUUGUAUGUGGUGUGUUUUUAGGCGUGCUGACCCUGGCGUCUGUGUUUGUAUGUGGCGUGCUGACCCUGGCGUCUGUAUUUGUAUUUGGUGUGUUUUUAGGCGUGCUGACCCUGGCGUCUGUGUUUGUAUGUGGUGUGUUUUUAGGCGUGCUGACCCUGGCGUCUGUGUUUGUAUGUGGCGUGCUGACCCUGACGUCUGUGUUUGUAUGUGGUGUGUUUUUAGGCGUGCUGACCCUGGCUUCUGUGUUUGUAUGUGGUGUGUUUUUAGGCGUGCUGACCCUGACGUCUGUGUUUGUAUGUGGUGUGUUUUUAGGCGUGCUGACCCUGGCGUCUGUGUUUGUAUGUGGUGUGUUUUUAGGUGUGCUGACCCUAGCGUCUGUGUUUGUAUGUGGUGUGUUUUUAGGCGUGCUGACCCUGGCAUCUGUGCGUGCUGACCCUGGCGUCUGUGUUUGUAUGUGGUGUGUUUCAGGCGUGCUGACCCUGGCGUCUGUGUUUGUAUGUGGCGUGCUGACCCUGACGUCUGUGUUUGUAUGUGGUGUGUUUUUAGGCGUACUGACCCUGGCGUCUGUGUUUGUAUGUGGUGUGUUUUUAGGUGUGCUGACCCUGGCGUCUGUGUUUGUAUGUGGUGUGUUUUUAGGCGUGCUGACCCUGGCGUCUGUGUUUGUAUGUGGCGUGCUGACCCUGACGUCUGUGUUUGUAUGUGGUGUGUUUUUAGGCGUACUGACCCUGGCGUCUGUGUUUGUAUGUGGUGUGUUUUUAGGUGUGCUGACCCUGGCGUCUGUGUUUGUAUGUGGUGUGUUUUUAGGCGUGCUGACCCUGGCGUCUGUGUUUGUAUGUGGCGUGCUGACCCUGGCGUCUGUGUUUGUAUGUGGUGUGUUUUUAGGCGUGCUGACCUUGGCGUCUGUGUUUGUAUGUGGUGUGUUUUUAGGCGUGCUGACCCUGGCGUCUGUGUUUGUAUGUGGCGUGCUGACCCUGGCGUCUGUGUUUGUAUGUGGUGUGUUUUUAGGCGUGCUGACCCUGGCGUCUGUGUUUGUAUGUGGUGUGUUUUUAGGCGUGCUGACCUUGGCGUCUGUGUUUUGCGUGCUGACCCUGGCGUCUGUGUUUGUAUGUGGUGUGUUUUUAGGCGUGCUGACCCUGGCGUCUGUGUUUGUAUGUGGCGUGCUGACCCUGGCGUCUGUGUUUGUAUGUGGUGUGUUUUUAGGCGUGCUGACCUUGGCGUCUGUGUUUGUAUGUGGUGUGUUUUUAGGCGUGCUGACCCUGGCGUCUGUGUUUGUAUGUGGUGUGUUUUUAGGCGUGCUGACCCUGGCGUCUGUGUUUGUAUGUGGCAUGCUGACCCUGGCGUCUGUGUUUGUAUGUGGUGUGUUUUUAGGCGUGCUGACCCUGGCGUCUGUGUUUGUAUGUGGCGUGCUGACCCUGGCGUCUGUGUUUGUAUGUGGUGUGUUUUUAGGCGUGCUGACCCUGACGUUUGUGGUGCUGACCCUGGCGUCUGUGUUUGUAUGUGGUGUGUUUUUAGGCGUGCUGACCCUGACGUCUGUGUUUGUAUGUGGCGUGCUGACCCUGGCGUCUGUGUUUGUAUGUGGUGUGUUUUUAGGCGUGCUGACCCUGGCGUCUGUGUUUGUAUGUGGUGUGUUUUUAGGCGUGCUGACCCUAGCGUCUAUGUUUGUAUGUGGUGUGUUUUUAGGCGUGCUGACCCUGGCGUCUGUGUUUGUAUGUGGCGUGCUGACCCUGACGUCUGUGUUUGUAUGUGGUGUGUUUUUAGGCGUGCUGACCCUGGCGUCUGUGUUUGUAUGUGGCGUGCUGACCCUGGCGUCGGGCCUGGACUAUGAGACGUGUCAUGAGUACUACCUGUCAGUAGAGGGCAGCACUGGCCGCUCCACCCUCAAAGACAGCACCAUGGUCCUCAUCAGCGUGACGGACGAGAACGACAACCCGCCCGUGUUUGGGAAAGGAGACUACAGCGCCGAGGUGUCUGAGGACCUGACCCCGGGAAGCCUGGUCACAAAGGUCAUAGCCACAGACGCAGACGGUCCAGGAAAUAGUCUGCUCCGCUUCUCCAUCGUCAACGGAGACCCUCAGCAGCAGUUCCACAUCGACCCGAGGACCGGAGACAUCAGCGUCAGGACCGCCCUGGACCGGGAGCAGGUCUGGACCUCUGAGGGCGGGGGAUACAUAUGA